UUUAUUUCUGCAAGGCCAGUGGUGGUAGUCGUACUUCGCCGGAAGUCCAAAGCUGUCAACGUUGGACACCAAUUCCGGCUCUCCGCCGGAGCUCAAUUUCGUCGUUACCGGUGCAACUACUAUACACUCUCUAAGAUUAUUCGUCAACAACGGGAUAAUAUCAACAAGUUCCUGAUCUUUGAUUGCGCCAAGCUGCUAUAUAGAUCUGCUGUCUUAUUCGAAGGAUGUCCAUCCCUCAGACGAUCCGUUCCCUUCGCACCUCACACUGUCUUUUCCCUCUUUUCUUCCUCUUCAUUUUCUCGUUGGCGGCAAGCUCACAUGGAUCUCCUACUGGAAAUCGAAGAAGUGGGAAGGGGUCAGUGUUUUCCUUGUUUAACCUAAGAGAAAAGAGCAGAUUCUGGAGUGAUGCUGUUAUACGAAGUGGUUUUGAUGAUUUGAAAUCUUCCAGCGCUGGCAAAGCAAGUCUUAUGAAUUACACCAAGGCAGGUAACAUUGCAAAUUAUCUACAGCUUAUGGAAGUUGAUUCCAUGUAUCUACCUGUUCCUGUGAAUUUUAUUUUCAUAGGAUUUGAAGGCAAGGGGAACCAAGAAUUUAAGCUACAUGCUGAGGAACUUGAGCGCUGGUUUACCAAAAUUGAUCACAUCUUUGAACAUACACGAGUACCACAAAUUGGAGAGGUUCUUACUCCGUUUUACAAGAUUAGCAUAGACAAAGAGCAACGCCACGAUCUUCCUAUUAUUAGUCACAUUAAUUACAAUUUCUCUGUUCAUGCUAUUCAAAUGGGAGAAAAAGUCACUUCUGUAUUUGAGCGUGCCAUUGAUGUACUUAUUCGCAAGGAUGAUAUUUCUGAUACCAGGGGUGACAAUGUGGGCCUUUGGCAAGUUGAUGUGGACAUGAUGGAUGUUAUCUUCACCAGCCUUGUCGAAUAUUUGCAGCUUGGAAAUGCUUACAACAUUUUCAUUUUGAACCCCAAGCGUGAUGUGAAAAGAGUUAAAUAUGGCUACCGGACGGGUUUAUCAGAGACAGAAAUAAACUUUCUCAAGGAGGACAAGAAAUUGCAAACAAGAAUUCUUCAGUCAGAAGCGUUCCAGAGAGUGUUCUUGGUGAUGAAGAGACCUUUGUAUGAAAAGCAUCCAAUGGCAAAGUUUGCUUCGACUAUAACAGAAGAUACUGACACGAUAGAAUGGUACAAUUCCUGCCAAGAUGUGCUGAAUAACGUUGAGAGGCUAUACCAAGGGAAGGACACUGCUGAUAUAAUUCAUAGCAAGCUUAUACAGCUGUUAAAUGCGAAGAAUAAAGAUUUGAAGCUUCUUUGGGAAAGGGUUUUGAAAUCUGGGGACUUCAGUGGUCUUCAUGUUGAAUGUCUCACUGACACAUGGAUUGGAAAGGACAGGUGGGCGUUUAUUGAUUUAAGUGCAGGUCCUUUCUCAUGGGGACCUGCUGUUGGUGGAGAAGGGGUACGCACUGAACUAAGCUUACCAAAUGUGGAGAAGACCAUCGGUCCAGUUACAGAAAUUUCAGAAGACGAAGCCGAGGACCAGUUGCAAGAGGCAAUUCAGGAAAAAUUUUCUGUUUUUGGUGAUAAAGAUCAUCAGGCCAUUGAUAUCCUAAUGGCAGAAAUUGAUAUAUAUGAGCUUUUUGCUUUCAAACAUUGCAAGGGAAGGAAGGUUAAACUUGCUCUUUGUGAAGAGCUUGACGAGAGAAUGCAAGAAUUGAAAAAUGAGCUAGAGUCUUUUGAAGGUGAGGAAUAUGAUGAAAAUCAUAAGAGAAAGGCUGUGGAUGCUUUAAAGCGAAUGGAGAACUGGAAUUUGUUUAGUGAUACUUAUGAGGACUUUCAAAACUACACAGUUGCCCGUGAUGCUUUCCUUGCACAUCUAGGUGCAACAUUGUGGGGCUCAAUGAGACACAUUAUAGCACCUUCGAUGGCUGAAGGGGCAUUCCAUCAUUACGAGAAAAUAUCAUUCCAGUUGUUCUUCAUUACACAGGAGAAAGUUAAAAAUGUUAAGCAAUUGCCAGUGGACCUCAAGGCUCUCAUGGAUGGGCUUUCCUCUUUGGUGUUACCUUCUCAAAAAGCAAUAUUCAGUCCGCACAUGUUACCACUUUCAGAGGAUGCCACAUUGGCGAUGGCAUUUUCAGUUGCACGAAGAGCUGCAGCUGUCCCUCUAUUGCUUGUCAAUGGAACAUAUAGGAAAACUGUCCGUUCCUAUCUGGAUUCUUCCAUUCUACAGCAUCAGUUGCAGAGGCUGAAUGAUCGUGGUUCUCUUAAAGGGACACAUGCCCAUAGCAGGUCGACCUUGGAAGUACCAAUCUUUUGGUUUAUUCAUGGUGAUGCACUAUUAGUUGACAAGCACUAUCAGGCUAAGGCUCUCUCAGAUAUGGUUAUCAUUGUUCAGUCAGAGCCAUCAUCCUGGGAAAGCCAUCUGCAGUGCAAUGGGCGUUCACUUUUGUGGGACAUGAGAAGGCCUAUAAAAGCUGCAUUGGCUGCUGUUGCUGAACAUAUAGCUGGCUUGCUUCCUCUUCAUCUCGUUUACAGUAAUGCCCAUGAAACUGCAAUUGAGGAUUGGAUAUGGUCCGUGGGGUGCAGCCCAUUCUCUGUUACUUCUCAGGGGUGGGAUAUAUCCCAGUUUCACUCUGAUACAAUUGCUCGGAGUUAUAUCCUUACAGCUCUGGAGGAGUCAAUACAACUAGUCAAUACAGCCAUUCGUCUUCUACUUGUGGAGCGAACUUAUGAACAAACUUUCAAACUCUUCCAGUCCCAGGAGCGUGAGCUUAUGAACAAAUAUAACUACGUGAUUGUCCUGUGGAGAAGAAUUGCUACCGUUACUGGAGAACUGCGCUAUGCAGAUGCCCUGAGACUGCUGUAUAAUCUGGAGGAUGCAACAAAAGGGUUUGCUGAUUACGUGAAUUCAACUGUCGCGCUUCUUCACCCAAUUCACUGCACCAGGGAACGGAAGGUAGAUGUUGAGUUCGACAUGACGACUAUCCCUGCUUUUUUGGUCGUCCUCUUUGUUCUCUGGUUAGUGUUGAGGCCAAGACGUCAAAGCCGAAGAUCAACUGAGGUAGCAAAUGGUCAAUCAGCAAUACUUUCUACAGGUCUACUAGAGCCAAAUCGCUCUAAUAACCUAACUAAAACAGUAGAACAUAGUGGAGAGAAUCAGUUUUUCAUGUCAUUUGGUCGGCCUAGUGAAAGUUGUAUUCUUUUAAUCCAUUAGAGAUGUAGGAUAGAGGAAAGUGCAAUUGCAAGACUGCAGACUAAAAAUGAUGGAUGGAAGAUCUGAGAUGUAGAAAAUUUAAUUUUCCUUCUAUGUCAUGGAGAUGGGAUUCAAAGGUGCUUGUAGACUUGUAGGUGAUAUACUGUUCUUUUGAUGGCAGUUGAAUUUCAAUCCCAUGUAGUUUGCUUUUGCUU